GACACAAUGGGUGGUGGAUCCUGCAGAGCGGUUUUAUUAUGUGUGGUUACAGGUCAUGAUCUUGCCCAUUUUCUACAACUGGGUGAUUAUCAUCUUGAGGAUGUGUUUCACUGCCAUCGCCUUGAACUACCUGGCAGUGUGGCUUACGAUGGACUACCUGUCAGACCUCAUGUAUGUGGCCGACAUGAUCAUCAAGGUUCACACGGGCUACUUGGAUCAGGGGAUCCUGAUCAAGGACCUCACUCAGCUGAAGAAGCGCUACCUGCACUCCAAAUGUUUCUUAAAGGACCUUGCUUCCGUGUUACCCACGGACUUUUUCUACUUUGCCUUUGGCAUCCAAGCUCCACUGGUGAGGAUCAACCGCCUUCUCCGUACAGCACGCCUUAAUGAAGCCCUGGAUCGGAUGGAGACUCGAACCUCAUACCCCAACACUUUUCGCAUCUCCAAGCUGAUGAUCUACAUCUUUGUGCUGAUCCAUUGGAAUGCCUGUCUCUACUUCGCACUGUCCAACUACAUUGGUUUUGGAAGUGAUCUUUGGGUUUACCCCAACAUCACCAAUCCAGUGUUUGCCUCCAUGCGUCGUCAGUACUUCUAUUGCUUCUGGUUCUCUGCCCUGAUUUUCACUACUGUAGGAGACACACCAUUACCAAAUCAAAAAGAAGAGUACUUGUUUAUGAUUGCAGACCUGCUAAUUGCUGUGCUGGUGUUUGCAUCGAUUGUUGGCAACGUUGGUAAUGUCAUAACAACCUUAAGGAAUCGUGAUAAUGUCUUCUUCCCUAACCAUGAUCUGGUAAAGGCCUACCUGCGUAGCCAUUACAUUAGCAAGGAGCUUCGACAGCGUAUCGACAACUGGUACCAACAUCUUUACAUCAACAAGAAGAUCAUGCGAGAGAACGAAAUCCUGCAGCAGCUGCCUGUCCACCUGCAGACAGACAUCGCCGUCAGCGUCCACCUUCCCACACUCUCCAAAGUCACUAUCUUCCAGAACUGUGAGACCAGCCUGCUGGAGGAGCUAGUGCUAAAGCUAACGCCUCAGGUAUUCAGUCCCGGCGAAUACGUCUGCAGGAAGGGUGACGUGGGUCAUGAGAUGUAUAUCAUCAAAGAGGGGAAGCUGGCGGUGGUUGCAGACGACGGGAUCACAGAGUUCGCUGUGCUGACUGAGGGCAACUUCUUCGGAGAAAUCAGCAUCCUCAACAUCAAAGGGAAUAAGUCGGGUAACCGUCGCACUGCCAACAUCCGAAGCAUUGGCUUCUCUGACCUUUUCAGCUUGUCCAAAGAAGACCUGACAGAAGUGCUGUCCGAGUUCCCGGCAGCCAAACGGCUCUUGGAGGAGAAAGGCCGACAGAUCCUCACCAAGAUGGGAAUGCUGGAGGACACCGAGGACGGAGCGGAGGAGGAGGCGGAGAAAGUGGAAGUCAAGCUGAAAAGGCUGGAAAUCAGCCUGGAGGUCCUGCAGACGAAACUAGCUCGACUCAUGGUGGAGUUAGAGUCCAGCAACCGCAAGAUGCAGGUGAGAGUGAAGCAGCUGGAGCACCACGUGACUACGCUUGAGGCUCCGCCCCCAGAGGGUGAAAGAGACAGAGGAUGGGGGAGAGGUGUAGGGGUCGGGGGCGAGGUAGAGGGGGAGCGAGAAGAAGCUGAGGGUGAGGAAGAGAAGGGGGGUUCAAAGACAAAAGUCAAAGAACAGUACGAGGAUGGUGGUGAGGUGACCAAAGAGGGGGAUGGAGAGAACACCAAGAGGACGGAGGGAGAGGUGGACAGCAUGGUGGAGGAAGGUAAGAGACAAAACCGAGAGAGAGGUGACAACAGACCAGGAAAGGGGACGGAGCCGAGACCCAACAGGAAGACAAGAAGAAAAGGACCGUGA